UGUAGAACAUAGAGAAAAUUUUGCAUAUUUUAUUCCUCUAUCUAUCAUUGAAAGGGUUGUGUCUGAUUGUGUCAGACAGAAGUCAAGUUUGUGAGUUUUCGUCUCCAAAUUAAUUAGUGGAUAAAAUUAAAAUGAAUUAAAUUGGCACACUGAACAUAGUUCAUUAUAAUAUCUAAACAACAAGUGCAUCGAUAUUCACAUUCACUUUCUGUUGGAGUGUAUACUUUCAUUGAAAUAAAUCACAAUUUGAGUUGAAGGCAAAAGUUUAUAUCUACAAAAAUGAAUCACGAAGAGAAUAGGAUCAUGGCUCACCGGCAGCAUGUGAAGUACUUUAUGCGAUUUCUGAAUAUUUUGCCAUCGUCGUUGUCGUCUCACGAUACUACAAGAGUAACAAUUGCAUAUUUUUCCGUGUCUGGUCUGGAUGUUCUGGGUGCGAUAUCAUCAGUAUCUCUAGACCUAAGAAAUAGAAUAAUAGAAUGGAUUUACAGGCUACAAGUACAUCCUGAUAAAAAUAAUGGCGAUAUGUCAAUGUGUGGCUUCCAAGGUUCCUCCACAGUAAAUAUAGACUUGGACCCUCCGAACAAUCAUUAUCGGUGCGGACAUCUCGCUAUGACGUAUACCGGUCUUUGCAUCCUGCUCGCACUAGGCGAUGACCUCUCAAGAGUGAAUAGGAAAGCAUUAGUCGAAGGUGUAAAGGCGCUACAGACGGAAGAGGGUAAUUUCGCAGCGACGCUCUCUGGUUGCGAAUCGGACAUGCGUUUCGUUUAUUGUGCGGCGUGUGUCAGUUAUAUCCUUAACGAUUGGUCUGGAUUCAACAUUGAAAAGGCUACGGAUUAUAUCAUUAAAUCUAUUGGUUACGACUACGGAAUAGCUCAGUGUCCGGAACUAGAAUCCCACGGAGGCACCACAUUCUGUGCCCUCGCGACGCUGAGCCUCACAAACCAACUCGACAAGCUAUCAGAAGAACAAGUGGAAGGCCUCAAACGGUGGCUUCUCUUCCGACAAGUCGACGGCUUCCAAGGAAGACCCAACAAACCCGUCGAUACCUGCUACAGUUUCUGGGUAGGAGCAUCCUUAAAAAUACUAGACAUGCUACAAUAUUCCAACUACUUCGCAAAUAGGAGGUACGUCUACGAAACACAGGAUACGGUCGUAGGAGGCUUCUCGAAGUGGCCCGAUACAUGCACCGACCCCAUGCACACAUAUUUAGGCCUCGCAGGACUCAGUUUGAUCGGCGAAAACGGCCUCCUAGAAAUAGAACCCAAUUUAAAUAUCACUAAAAGGGCGUACGAACAUUUAAAAUCUUUGCACGAAAAGUGGGAUAGUGAAACUAAAUUAUGUGUUUUAUGAAUACCUUUUAUGUGGGAAAUAGUUUGUUUUCUAAUUGUGAGUGACGUAUUAUUGCAAUAUAAUGUUUACUUGAGUAAGUUUGUGUAUGUUUGAUAACGGCGUCCGAUAGUAGUGUAUGUUAGAUAGCACAGCUAGUAACGAUUUUAAUGUUAUCGUAAAAUUCUGCACGAAAGGACCAAGUUUAAUUGUUAAUUAGAAAACGAACAAAUUUUUAUAAAUGAAUACAGUAAAUUAUUUGCGCUUUGUGCCUCAAACAUUCAUAAUUAGAAAAUGGCUUCCCAUCAGUCUUUUUGACCUAAGAGAACUAUGAAUUUAAGUUACCUACCGAAAUUAUCGUAGUUUAAGUUUAUGAGAUGUUCAUUAUGCUGAAGUAUUAUUACUGUUGCAUAAUCCUUUUGUAUAAUAUUGUUACUACUUAAAAAUAAUGUUUAUGAAUACUAGGUGCUAAUACUUGAUUAGGUAUCGGGUACCUAACGGUGUCAUUGAAUGGACAACGAGUAAAUAUUUAGCGUUAUAGUACAAUAUGAGAAUUUCUCGCGACGUGCCAUGAGCAGUUGAGUAGUUAGGCGGUUAUCAAAUUAUUGCACAAAAUGUAAUUUUAAGCUGUUUUAUUGUAAUUGAUUUAGGGCGCAGUCACGCUUCACCAAACCACUGCAUUUAUAUACAUAUAUAUAAAUAAUGCAUUUAUUUCACACUUAAUAAUUUUCUUAGCCAAUAUCAUAAAUUAAGUUCACAUGUAUUUCACACAUUGCUCAAAAAAAGUAUGUAUUUAUGUAGCUAGGUUUAAUUCAAUAACACUACCGUAAGUGGACCCAAUUAAUGUAAAUUCAGACAACUGUUUUUGUCGUCAAUUACAUCAAUUUCAUCAAUUAUUUGGUGUUUACGUACCAUUGUAAUGCGUAUUGUGGCUGCGUCCUAAUUCACGUGCGGUCAAAACUAUGACUAGUAUUGUAUUCGAAUUUACAGUGCGUUCGUAAUUUUAUUGGAAGUGACAAGACGUGGUGAAGUUAGCGGUUUUAACUCGUAUUUUACACCUGUAUUCUAGAACUAUUUUAUGUAUAAGGAAUUUUAUAUCAGAUAUUAUUUUGCAGCCGAAAAUUAACCAAUAACUAUUCAUAUUCGGCCCACCUAACCAUCUUCUCAGCCAAGUAUAACUCAAGUAUAUCUCUCAUAUAUAUACAUAUAACUCAAAAGUCUGCUCUUGCCACUUCGUACACAAUGAGAAAUACUCUUGCUAAGCACAUAGUUCUUGAAAACGGGUGUUUAUAAAUACAUUCAUAUCAGAUUUUAAUUAAAUCUUCAAUAAUAGAUGCUUGUUAAAACCGCUAGCGUAAUCCAAGCCUUUUUAUAAUAAAACAAAAUGAAGUAGUGUUACUAAAUUAGGUACAUCGAAAUUGUUCGCAGCAAAUCGGUCAAUAUGAUAAAAACUUUACGUCAAAAGAGGUUUUGUUGUUUUGUUAUAAGAACCAGUUACUGCGUAAAUACCAGCGUAUUUUCUAUAAGUAUGUAGAAAAUAAGUGUCUAAACACACUAUGCCGAGAAUACGCGACGGAAGUUCGGCAUGAUUACGCCUGCAAUGCUAUUUGAAUUACUGGCGUUAUAGCGUACAGCCGAACUUCAGUCGGGCGUAAGUUCAGCGGAAAUUCGGCGGCAAAGUAUUCUGUAGAACACACAUUAUACGCUACCGAAGUUCAUACACACAAAAUUGCGCAACUGAACUUCUGCCGCGUAAGUUCGGCACUUAUGGUGUGUCAUAUCAGGCGAUUACGUUGGAACGUAAAAUCAGCUGCGGAACUUCGGUCGCGUACGUUCGGCAUAGUGUGUUUAGACACUAAUUUUGCAUUGUAUCCAGACGGUAUGCGGUUUUUUUCAACACAAAAUAAUAGGAAUAUAAAAAAUAUAGUCAGAUUUUAGUUAUGUAAAUUAAUAAUUUCAAGUUGUCAUAAUCUGCCUAGCCUUUUCCCAAUUAUGUUGGGGUCAGCUUCCAGUUUAACCGGAUACAGCUAAGUGUCAGCGCUUUAAAGAAGCGACUGUCUAUCUGACCCCCUCUACCCAGUUACCUAUAAUAAUUUCAAGUUAUGACGUUGUGAAGGUAUUUUUUCAAUAGAGAUGUUUACCCAACUUCAUCGUAAAGACGGGUAAAAUUUUUGAUUAUUUUUUAAUAGUCUAAAAAGUUAACUGUUUUGCCGCUAUCCUUGACAUUGAUUCUUGUUGAGCAAGUAUUGCAAGAACUAUGCAAAUUAGAUUUUUUUAUAACGUUUUUAAAAUAUGUAUUUAGUGAAUUUAUAAUUUAUUUAUUACGGUAUUUUUUUGGCUGUCGGUACGAUACUAAAAGAUCUUUUAGUCGCAAAGUAGUCUUUAAUUCUAAGUUAAAUGUUGCAUUGUGUUCCGGAGCAUUUAAAAUAUUUCUUACCUUUUCAUACACAGCUUAUGAUUGAAGUUCAUCACAAUUUUCCUCUUCAAAUGGAUAAUCUUGAGCAAUUCUAAACAUACAGGGUCCUUAAAUGUUUAACACAUUCUAUAUUUUACUUACACUUUAUUUCAUAAAGUUGUGUGUGUAAAGGUCUGAAAUACUUAUAUAAUAUUAUUUAAGUGUCGCUUACAGCUUUCAUACCGAUACCAAUUUAUUGUUAUACACAACAGUUCCUUGUAGUGAGAUGAAUUAAUAGUCUCCUAUCUCUUAUUUCAUUGCACGAAAACUCAAACGGUUAAGUAAAAUUAUUUGUAUGAUACUUUUUUUGACAAACCUUUACUGGGCAAUGGACAUAAAUAUGUAAUGUAAAAUAAUUUUCUUAUUUUCAUAAUAAUAUACAGAUGCAUAAUUGUGUUGCAAUUAUAAUACUUAUGUAUUUUGUUCAGUUUCAUCGCGUUUCAUGAAAUGUCUUUAUUACCAUUGUUAUCAAUAACUCUCAGUUUUAGUAGAACAGAAUUUCAGUAUUUGUUUGUAACGUGCUUACAAAAAACCUCGCUUCAUUUAUAAUUGCAAUAUUUUUUCUCGUUUUAUUAUUUUUCCUCAACAAGAUGCCUGUUUUUAAUUUACCAGGUUUGCCCUUUGCAGAAGUUUUUUUAUCGAAUGAGGAAAAAUAUAUUAAGUUAUAGGUAUAAUAUUUGAGUGUCAAAGUCUUGUGAAUAAUAUUUGACCUUUAAAGAUUUGCUUUAUUGUACGAUAGUUAGGUACAGUACCUACUCACGCAGACGGAUUAAUAUUCAAAUUACUUAAUUAAAAAUGUAGAGAAAUGUGUAUCUUAUUGGUGCGAGUUAAGUUUCAUUAUUGCUUGCUGCCCCAAAAUAAGUUGAUAUUCGAAUUCAACACUUCUGAGAAAGAGUUAUUAUGGUUUCUAUAAAAAUUAUAAGCAUGAUAAGUUUAACUAGUAUGUACUUUUCUUGUCUUCUACUAGUCAACAACGGGUGGUAGAGGAAAAUAGACUUAAGUGCUUUAUACUUAAGGUUCACGUUUGUUAUUUAAUUUUAGUUAAUUCAAGUAAAGGUUUGUCACUGUAAAAUUAAAGGAACCAUGUUUUAAUUUUGUGUUUGAAAUUAUGUGUAAAUUAUUAUGUAAAGUUGUAAUAUUAGUUUUAUUGGAAAAAAGUAAUUUGAAAGUGUAAUUAUGUCUAUUUUGAGCAUUUAUUUCGAUUUGUUUAAAAAAUAUUGAAAUAUAAAGAAAGUUAAAAUGAA